AUGUUACAAGAACAAAAUUUGACAACAAAACGUUAUCUUCUUCUUCCAUGUUAUCCAACAUUAUCAAAUGAUCUUCUUCUAACAAAUGUACCAAUGAAUGAACUCAAUGAAAAAGAAUUGGUAACACGUCAACUAUUUGGUUAUCAUCAACCAACAAUAAUAACAACAUGUCAAAAUGAUCAUGAACGAUGGAUUCAUAGUUUAAGUCAAGCUUGGAAUAUUCAUCGAAAUAUAUUAGAAUUUAAUUUUAAAAAAAUGUUAACAUUACUUGAUACAUUGGCUUAUAAACGAAUGUAUCAUUUUUCUACACAUCCACAAGAAGAAUAUUUUCAUGAAGAUGAAUAUAAAAUAGCACUGGAAUUUUAUCUUCAAAUGGAUUAUGAUCUUUUCUAUAUGAAAACAUGUUCGUAUCGUGGUGCACAACCUAUUAUCAAUGAACUUCGAAGUAUAUUUUCAACAAGUGAACAACCACCCUAUGGACAUUAUACAAUGGAAACAUGCCAAGAAAAAUCUUGUUGUUUAUGUUAUCCUUCUCGUCACUUAGAAUCUAAAUCAACUCUACAACAUAUUUUUGUUAAUGGUUAUCGAUCAAUUUUAAAUUGUCCAGCAACAUGUACAACUCGAAAUAUUAUUUAUGUUCUUACAUGUCCAUGUCAACAAUUUGAUUAUAUUGGUGAAACAAGUGUAUCUUUAUCACAACGUCUGACAUAUCAUCGAAAACAUGGUAAUCGUAUUAUAAAAGAAUUUCUUCUUGGAAAAAAAUUAACAAAUUAUAUAAAUGAAAAUGCAAUAAAAUCUGAAGAGACAUUGGUUAAAGAUGGUAUGCUAUUGUAUCAACAUUUAUGUCGUUGUUCAGUAGCUAUGCAAUAUUUCUUGGAUGAAAAUCCUGAUUAUUGGUUAUUUAUACCACAACGAAUGACAGAAAAUGAAGAACAACAACAAGAACGAGAAAUAACAUUUAUUGAUGAUGAUAAUAAAUAUCA